ACACCCACAGCAGCCCAGGGGCCCCAGGGUGGAGAUGGCCCAACCGAGGCAGCUUGUGCAAGCCUGGGAAGAAGGCCCCACGCCAGCAGAGGCAUGAGCCUCCUUCUGCUGCUCUGCUCAGCCACCCUGGCCACCAGCAGCUUCCCCGCGGGGCAGGAGGUAGAAAUCACCCUUGAGACCUUCAUUGCCUACAGAGUCCUGGAGGUUUUCCCCAGAGGCCGUCGGGUUCUCAUAACAUGCCACUCACCCCAGGCGUCCCCGCCUGUCACCUACACCCUCUGGGGGAGCCAGGACACUGAGGUCGCCAAGAAGGUGGUGAAGACCAGAGACCCGGCCUCCUUUAGCAUCAACAUCACACUCAAGUCCAGGCCAGAACUGCUCACCUACUCCUGCCAGGCGGCCUCCAACUGGGGAGUGCACAGGACCAGUGCCAAGCUGCAGAUGUACUGGGAGCUGUGGGCCAACCCUGUGUCCCAGCUGCAGGCUGACUUCACUCUCCUGGACAGAGGAGCAGGCCCCAGGGUAGAGAUUUCCUGCCAGGCAUCCUUGGGCAGCCCACCCAUCACCUACAGCCUGGUUAGAAAGGAUGGGCACGUGCACAUGCAGCAGAGACCGAACCACGGGCAGCCUGCCAACUUCUCGUUCCCACUGACCCAGACGUCGGACUGGUUCCAGUGCCAGGCUGAAAAUAACGACAGCUGCCCCAGGCACCCACCUUCAUGUUGGCUGGCAGCCUUACCUCCAUUGCAGCUAUCACCUCUGGGAUGCUGGGCUGGACUGUCCGGACCAGGUAGGAAAUGGUGCUGGGUGUGGGGUCACAGUGAACUGCUGCUGGCCUGUGUGAACCCAAGGGGCCCUGGCUGGAGAGCAGCAGGCAGUGCGUUCGUAGGGCAGGGCUGCCACCAGGGCGAAGAGAGGACCAUAUCACUGAUGCAUGACUUCCAAGUUUUUAAGCCCUACUGUGUACUGAGUGCCUGCUGAGGGCUUGCACAUUUGUGGCUUUAUCUGACCCUGCCCAUUGCUCCCAGCUGCCCUACAAUGGAGUCAGCUGGCCUCUAGGUGGGGCUGAGGAGGGAGGCCAGAUGGGGAACAAUGCCAUUGGGACUAGGGUGGAGGAGGGGCUUCUGCCCUUCAUGGGACCCACAUAGUUCAGUGCUUCCUAGCUGGUGAAAAGGGCAAGACAUCCUGGGGACCACUCUCCAAGGCCAUCACUUCGCUGACUUGUGAAGUGACCAGGGAGGGCCUUUGUCCAAUCCCAGGCCCUGCAGGCCUCUGUGCUCCCUCUGCCUGGCCUUUGGUGGUGGUCACCUCUUUCUGGUGAACUUCUCAACUCCCUUGGUUUCUAAGGUACUGCUGUCUCCAGGUCCUCAGCCUCCCUCCCUGGCCAGCCUCUCAGCAGACCCUGCCCGGGACCCUAUCCUUGG